AUGUCGGUUAGCUCACUCAGCAUUUUACCGCGUCAGACGCUGGACGAGGAGGCGAGAGCUGAAGUGGAUGUUCUCAACUCGCGCCUUGAUAAGACGACUCAGCUCACCAGGAAAAUCCAAACUUGCCUAGGCCGCCUCGAGGCGUCGGGUCAUAGCGUAAACGAGGUUGCUGGUCCCCUAAGUGGCGAGACAAGGAGGCUACAAUUACUGGAAAAUAACGUUGAUGCCGUGCUUUCUGCCAUCGGACGACUUCGACACCCCGCCGACAGCAAGGACGACGAGGAGCUGAUCAUUCGCGCUGGCCCUGACAAGGCUGGUCUAUCUAAUUAUCUGGCUUCGAUAAAACGCCUUGGCAAAGCUUUUGCCGACAUGCAGGCCUCAAAUUUGCGUGCAAACCAACAAUCACUAACCGAAUUAGUCCACCUCAUCAAGUCGGGAAAUACACAGCUCGAAUUCUACUUCGACAAGUUGCUGCGUGGCGAGACACCUCCCUCCAUCGAGCCUCUUCAUUACAUAACCAAAGAAAUGGCGUUUCCUCCCUUGUCACGGGACAAGACGUCUCGCCUCAGCGUCAUCUGUUCGUAUCUAGCCUCCGCACAGCAGGGCUAUGAGACGUCCCCUGCUAAAUUACGCCUUGAGUUCCUCGAGCAAUGGAGAAAGAAGGCUACCGCAUCAUACACGGACAUAUGCAAGGACCUUUCCGUGUAUUUGUUUGAUACCAUUCAUACAAACCGCACUCAGCGUCCGACAUCAGGACCGGCCGACUCUGCUUCUGUUGUGAAGGGAUUGAGCAGCAAAGACAAGGACAAAAUCAAAGAGAAGUUCUCACAAUUCAACAACGCAUUCGAUGACAUGGUCUCUAAACACCGAUCGUAUAAUAUGGAGAGAGAGGUGCGCUCUAUGUUUGGAGAAGACAUCCGCCAAAAGCUGCAGCCUCUUUACGACCGUUUCUGGGACCGUUACCAUGAAAUCGACAAAGGCAAAGGAAAAUAUGUGAAGUAUGACAAGUCUGCUAUUUCCGCUGUGUUUCUUAGCCUGGCUUCUUGA